AUGAAACAUAACAAAAGUUACCGUGUGUUAAAUCUCGAUAAUGGAAAUGUAAAAACAAGCCGUUCAGUUGCUCUGGAUGAACGUGGAGUAUCCAGCAUCUAUCAUGUGAAAAUCACGAAUAAGCCUCAUGAGCAUCUUUAUAUUCCAAUUGAUGAAAAUAUGGCACCUUGUGUUUCACAGCCAACACAAAGCGAUGAUGUGAUCAUUCAUGACGAAUUGGUUGAUAACGACGAGAGAAUGUCUUUGGCGGUUGAUACCCAUAUUUCUACAUCAAGCAUUCAUCUUGCGAGUCUACCACAAACUGAAAUCACACAUGACAGCACUUACUCAGGGAAGGACGCAACUGUAUUCCAUUCUCUUAUUCAUUGUCGCCAACCUAACCAUAGUCAGCAUCAAGUGCUGCGUGAUGUGCCUCACACUCAACAGCGCCUCCAGAUUGAGUCCGAUGCCACUCCAGAAAGACGCAUAGUUGCGUCCGAGCCAGUGGGAGAAUACCGUCAGCACGAUGACUCUGACCACAUGGAUGUGCGACCACCAAAGCGUUCACGGAUAAAUGAUGAUGAUGGCAUGGUAGCGUUCAUGGCUGUUGUGCCAACAUCAUUUAGCGACGCAACCAAUGAAGAGUGCAAAAAUCAUUGGGAGCAAACUAUUCAGAAUGAGAUUGACUUAUUAGUUCGCAACAACACAUGGGAUAUUGUAGAUUUCAUAUCUGGUAUGUAA